AUGAAUGAGAAGAACCAGACGUGGGUCAGUGAGAUUGUUCUCUUGGGAUUUCAGAAUCUCCACAACUUCAAGGUUCCCCUGUUCUCUCUGUUCCUUCUGAUUUACAUUCUGACAGUUUGGGAGAACGUCCUCAUCAUAGUGUUGGUGUCCUUCAGCCGGAACCUCCACUCCCCCAUGUACUUCUUUCUCCAGCAGUUGUCCCUCACUGAUCUACUGGUGUCCUCAGUUAUCAUCCCCAUCCUGCUCCAAACUGUAAUUGGUGGCACAGCUACAUUGUCCCUUGUUGGAUGUAUUAAUCAAUUGUAUUUUUUUGGUGGUUCAGAAAUAUAUGACUUUCUACUCCUGGCAGUAAUGUCCUAUGACAGAUACGUGGCCAUCUGCAUCCCCCUGAGAUACACUUCUAUAAUGUCCCACAGGGUUUGUGUUACAUUAGUUCUCAUAUCAUGGCUUCUUGGCUUUGGCAUUACAGUAAUUACAGCUUUUCUAGUAGGGACACUACAGUUCUGUGACCAAAAUACCAUUAACCAUUUCUUCUGUGAUUUAUUCCCUCUGGUAGAACUUUCCUGCUCAGACACUUUCAAAGUGCAAUUAGAAGCAUUUCUUGCCUCAGUCCUGGUAACCGUUAUACCUUUUUUAGUUAUCAUUGCAUCAUAUAUGUGUAUUGCCCAUGCAAUCCUAAAGAUAGUGUCCCAUACCGGGAGGCAAAAAGCCUUCUCCACCUGCAGCUCCCACUUGGCCGUGGUCUCCAUGUUUUAUGGGACUAUAAUUUCUAUUUAUGUGGUUCCCCCCAGAAAAGAAUCCCAGACCAUAAGCAAAGUUCUCUCUCUGUUAUACACUGUAGGGACCCCAUUGGUUAACCCACUUAUUUACAGCUUGAGAAAUAAAGAUAUUAAAGAGGCUAUUAACGUUAAAUUUAACAGAAUACGCAAAUACAUUAAUAUAUACAAAUGA